AUGGAAAAUCGCGUGAGGCGCGUGUCGCCCCCCUCCCCCCGCCGCCCCCUGCCCCGCCCCCCCCGGCAGGUGCUCACGGCAGCCGUGGCGUGGCUCAAGUGGCCCGGCGCGGAACAUCCCCGGUGGGAGGACGAGGAGGCGGCGUACGGCGUCCUGCGUCACGUCAAGUUCCCGUGCCUCCCGGGUGCCGCGCUCCGAGCCGCCGAGAAUCUCGCCGCCGAGUUGGGCCUCAAGUGCCGGCGGCUGGUGGAGGAGGCGUGGAGCUACAGGCUGAGCCCCGCGCGGCGGGAGGAGCUCAAGUCGGAGAGGUCCUGCCCGCGGCCCUCCACGGGGCGCGUCGAGGCGCUGCUGCUGAUGGGCAGCGACGCCAGCGUGUGCGUGAUGCGGCCCCUGCUGCCGUCACCAUCACUGUCGUCGUCGUCGUCGUCGUCGUUAUCGGCGUCAUUGUCAGCGGUGUUGUCGGCCGCAACAUCGUCAUCACCGUCAGCCUCAGCGUCAUCAUCGUCAGCCUCGGCGUCAUCAGCAGCAGCACCACUGCCUUCAUCAGCUGCAUUGUCAUCACCAGCGGCAGCGUUUGCAUCUUCGUCGUCACCAGCAGUAGCUGUAGAGUCGCCCGUAUCAUCACCACCAGCAGCAGUCGAUCGCGAGUUCUCUUUUACGACUCGCAUGGCACGGCUACCGCGGCCAACCUCCUCCACCUCGUUAUCGCAACCGUCGUCGUCAUCAUCAGCCUGUGCGCUGAUGCCCACGUCUAACGCGGCGGUGCUGGGCGGGUUCGUGUUCGUGCUGUGCCGCAAGGGGCUCGGGGGCACCGAGUCGCUCUGCAAGUACGAGCCGUGCGCCGACGGCUGGAUCGAGUGCCGCGCCCCAACUCCCACCGCGGCGACGACGACGACGACGAGGAGGAACUCCCCAGCGCUCGUGGCGGCCGGGGAGCGCCUGUACCUGCUGGGAGGUGGCGUGCGUUCCGUCUCCUCCUACGACCCCCGCAGUAACACGUGGAGGGAAGCCGGGCACCUGGAGCUGCCCGUCGCUUCCCCAGCGGCCGUGAGUUUGGGGGGCUGGAUUUACCUGUUCGGAGGGGAGAGCGACGGCACCGGCGCAGCGGGGGACUCCCGAACCGCGGGGGGCCACGGCGGCCCGGCGGUGGCGGCCGUGCAGCGCUACGACCCGCGGAGCGAGACCACGGAGCUGCUGAGGGACAUGCCGGUCGCCGAGCUGGUGUUGGCCGUGGCGUUCGAGGGCCGCGUGUACCUGGCGGCCCGGGCGGGCGGCUGUCCGCCGCGGCGCCUCCUGCAAUACGACCCGCAGCAGCAGGAGGCCAGCGGCGGCGGCGGCGGCGGCUUCACGGAGCUGCCGAGCGAGACGCCGAGCCGUGCCGCGGCGCUCACGGCGCUGGUGGUGCACGGGGCGCGCCUCUUCGCCUUCUCGGCGCGGUUCUACGCCCGGCGCAGCCGCCCGCGGGACGCUGCGUGGGAGGCGGCGCGGCCGAUCGCGGGCUUCACGAGCGUCCGCGACGCGGUCACCUUCCCCCUGGCCUGCGCCACGACGCCGGCCCGAGACGCGCCCGCCGCGGCGCGUCGGCAGCUGUAGUAUGCAGCUCUGUAGGGACUGCUGAUGGGGGUUCUUUCCCAUGCACGUUGAACUUCUUUCACACCGUACGUAGCCAAUCCGUGCUAAUCGGGAGGUGCGGGGGGAGGACAGAAUGCACAACGCACAACAGGGUGCUUUCAACACGUUGUGUGUCGUUCGAAACUAAUGGCAAGUGUUACGUGCUAUGAAGAAGGGCCAUUGUCCGAAACGUCGCCUAUCGUUUCCAUUUAUUGCAGUGUUAUUGACGGACGCGUAGAGUUUGUGUUCGUUGUUCUUGUGUUUCACUGCGUGCGCAGCAUUAACAAGCAAUGUAACGUGUUCAAGGGUGUUUGUGUCUGUUCACGCGCGCGUUGCGUCUUGUCAAGCGCUCCCGUGUCCGAUGAGAAUAGACGGACAGCGUCAUAACGAGCCUGCAUGCGGCGUCACUGCAGCUCAAUGGACACAGGUCUCCGUCUGUUCACACAUGAGCACAAUAGUCGCCCUACAACUGUUCUACGCAUACUCUUUGGUUCUUUCGGUAAAGUCACGUAAUUAGAAAUACAAUUAAACAAAUCACGACGUUUCGAUCGCAACACGUGACUUUACCGAAAGAACCAAAGAGUAUGGAUUCCUGCAGUCACGAAAGCUUAAAAUCAAGAUUGAACUGUUCUACGUUUCUCUAAGUGUACUAUGAUCAGUCUAGACAUGAUCUGCCCGUGCCGACUUACACUGCAGGGAAUUCAUGAUUUAACGUUAUGUUCGUGCGCUGUUUUAAGUUUCUCGUGUGACAAUUGUUUUUGCAUCGAUUAAUAUUAUCUCCAUUGCUGCAGUUUAUUUGUAUUUGCUUUUUGUUAUUUUCGCGACCCAGGUCACUUGCCAACAACACUCAUCUUGGUCUCUUGAAUUCUCGCCCUUAAAAACAAACUUGAAACUGUAUGAAAAAUAAGAAUAGGCUUGACCCUUGAAACUGCUUGUAGACUGGGUAGGUGUUCUUGUCUGGGUGAACCUGGGUCCACUCAGCCUUAAAUGAGUAUUGUACCUGGUGUGGUUGGCUACAUACGGUACAAAAGAAGGUAAACAUAAUACAAUGGGGAGGCAAAGGCGGCCGGGCGUAAUGUUGGUCACCGUGUGCUGCACCGGCUUUCACAUGUGCUCACUCACAGCACUUGCCCCAACAGUCUGUUGAAUACUAUACGGGGGAUAUUUGUCUUUGUGUGUAGGUGUUCCUGUGUGUUAGCCUGUACGUGAAAGGGGACGCAGUGGCACAGAUCCACCAACAAUAAGCGCCGGUGAGCUCAUUCAACAGGCGAGGGAGGAUACAUUGGCUGGGUCAAGCAGCCCGCAUGUCCAACCACCGCAUGCCCGAACACAGGGGUCGGCAACCUGCGGCUCUUUAAGGACUGCUUCGUGACGUUCAUUAUGAGGACCGUCUCCUAUUCACAUUACGGCUCUUAAAAUAUUUCGUUUUUUUUACCUAAUUCCCCAAAAAUGGCUCUUGUUAUUUUGGUUGCCGACCCAUAACCCUCGCAGCUUAUCUUUGGCCAGACAGGAAGCAAAAUGGGUACGGCAAGGGCUGGAGGAGGACUAAUAUGGUACAGGAGGCUGUGGAGCUGAAUGGACUUGCCGAUGACUGGUACCAGCGGUGUCAAGAUCGGCCUCUGUGGAGGAGGCUCGUGAAGGACGCUAUUUAGGCAAUUGGAGGCAGUCGCCUUCCAACAGCAAUGGGGGGCGGAGGAGCAAUACUCACAACAAUGAGCAAAGUACCGGGCGGAUAAAAUACAGCAAGAUAGCAGAGUGGGAGUUUAAAAUAACGUAAUACGGUUUAAAACAAGCCUGACUUUAUGCAUUAUACAAACAUGAAGAAGCGCAUUGUGAUCCGCUAGUCUUCGGACAUCAAAAUAAAUGUCAGCAAAUGUGACUGACUGACAGCAGCAGCAGUGAUAAGACAACUGUAGACCGGUUUCAUCAUUAUUAGGACUCAUCAACUGCAAAGAAUGCUGCUGGAGUACUCUGUAUGUGGAGGCCCCCACUUACACACUCGGGGGACCCGCCCAUUCGCUUGGCUAAUACUGUUCUGAUAAAAAAAUAAACUUUGUUAAUGAUGGGAAACGCUGUUCCAAUUAGUUUUUUUUAAAUCGUCAUUUACAGCGUUGACAGUGGGGAGUGCAGGUGGAGCAUCCGGCAGUCAACUCAGUGAACACCUGGCCAUGUCCCAUGACCUGCCAGCGAGCCUUUGACACUUCAGGUGGCCUCAAAAUGGCACACCAGCUUUUUUUUCUUUUACCUGGUAAGGCCCACUGAGCUAUUUAGCUGUUUUUUUCAUAAGUGACCUG